GUUUGAUUCUGGCGCUUGAGCCCCUACGGAAUGUUUUGAAGGUUACACCACCGAGCUGUCAAGUGCCUCCCUUUUACCUGUGCAGCCUGCAGAUGGCCCAGACGGACAGCAAGGUGCUGGUUCUGGGAGCGUUGGCUGGAGUGGCUGGCAUCAGUUUGGCUGUGGUGUGCUACCGGGGCUUUAGGUCAAGAGGCUCGCUGCCGGGGUUCUACCUCAACCGCACUAAUGAACAGGGGACUGGCAUCAUGUUGGUGGAUGGUCCAGGGCUGCCCAGGGGUCAGAUUGAGGUGCUGCAGCGCCUCGAGGCCCUGAUCCAGUGUGUGUCCGAGCUGAAGGAUGAGAUGAAGUCGUUGAAGAAUGCUCUACCGACACUGCAGGACCAAGUCAGGGAGGAGCUGAUGGGUCGCGAUGUGGCCCGUCGAGCCAGCCCCCUCCACAGGACCACACCAACACGAAGGAAAAGGGCUGCAGGCACCAUUGCCGGGGCCAUAGCUGGGGGUCGGAGCUCAGAGGAAGCAGAGAGUGAGGGAGGGUAUAUGACUGCACUGACAGACUCUGAGGAAGAAGAGCCCAGUGAUACAGAGCAGGGGGAUGAAGAACAACCCGCAGACAAGCUAUGUGUCCUUCUCGAGAGAAUCGACAGUUUGCAUCGGGGCGCUGAAUCUGACAAAAGGGAAAGUCUCAACCUCCUUUUGGAGCAAAGAGAGGAGUUUGGACAGAACUCAACAUUUAUUUGGCGGCUGAUCCGAGCUUACUGUGAUGUUCAUGACAUCAGCUCCACUCUGGAGGAGAAGAAGACUCACGCAGAAACUGGGAAGAAAGUUGGUGCAGAAGCAGUGAGUCUGAACCCUACAUGUGCUGAAAGUCAUCAGUGGUAUGCCAUCAUGUGUGGAAUAAUGGCAGAAUAUGACACGGUGCAGAACAAGAUAAAGAACGGAUACAUCUUUAAGGAUCAUCUGGAUAAAGCCAUUGAGCUGAAGCCACAGGACCCCAUGUCCUACUACCUGCUGGGCCGCUGGUGCUACGCUGUGGCUCAGUUGUCCUGGAUUGAGAGGAAAGUUGCUGCAACAUUAUUUGGAGACCCUCCAAGUGCAACAGUGGAAGAUGCACUGAAUAACUUUCUGAAGGUUGAAGACAUCCAGCCCGGGUACUCCAAACUCAACUAUGUGUUUUUAACUAAGUGCUACAAAGACCUGGGGCGGAGGGAUAAAGCCAGGAAGAUGUGUGAAGCUGCUUGUUCAAUGAACGUCGUGUCCAAAGAGGAUGAAGAGGCACAAAAGGAGCUGGACUUACUCUGCCCAGCGCUGGGAGUGUGAUGACAGCGUGUGUGUGUGCGUGUGUGUGUGUGUGUGUGUGUGUGUGGAGGGAUAUCAUCAAUGGCUGCCACAGUCAGAACCGUCCUACGUAGUUUUAAAUCUGGUGACCCUUUCAUGUCUAUAAUGCCUUCUGUAAUUAUAGCUCUGUAUAACUAUAGUUAAAAGCACUCAUACAUAUUCAUGAUGCUUUAUAACCAUAAUCAUAACACAUUAUAAAGCAUUUUAUCAUGACAAGAAUUGUAAUACCGAUCACUCACCAUUUUAUUCUCUUUUUUCGCAAUGAUCAUAGUAUAUUAUAAUUCCUAUAGUUGUAAUACAUUAUAAUCUUUUAAUAAUGCAUUAUAUUCACUUACUAAGUCGUCAUUGUUUGCUUUAAGUAAAGUGAAACAAAUCUAAUUAAAUCUAUGCAAGAACAACACACAAAAUGUUGUCAAAUACAUUUUUACUUUAUUUAAAGCAAACAACGAGCACUUAGAGUAACUUAUCACAUUAUUGUAUUAUAACGGUGAUUAUAGCACAAUAUAAAAAACAGUGAUGAAGUAUUAUGACACUUGAGUAAGUCAUUAUAAAAUGCUUUAUAAUGUGUUAUGAUUAUUGUUUUAAAGUAUUCUGAAUAUUUCUGAGUGCUUAUAAGGUUAAUUAUACAGCGCUUUAAACAGAUUAUAAAACAUAAGAAUGUUUAUAAUGCAUUAAAGACAUUAUAGAAAGUGUUGUAGCCAGAACUAUGUUUUUUUUAAUAGUAGAAAACAUAUAAUUCACACCUGGCUGUAAAAAAGCUGUGAAACAAAUAGUUUUCCCUCUUUUGAAUUAUCAUGACAGGUUUUUUGUCGAAAUUGGAUUCAUCACAAGUUCUAGUAAGGCUCUGAGGCUCUGAAGCUCUGAGGCUCUGAGGCUCUGAGGCUCUGAAGCUCUGAGGCUCUGAAGCUCUGAGGCUCUGAAGCUCUGAGGCUCUGAGG